GUUGUUCCCGGAAGCGGAAGUCUCCAUUCAGGUAGAGCGACAAGCAGCAGCCUCGGCUUGGUGACACUUGUCGUCGCGUGACUCACGGUUAACGUUAGCACGGGUCGGGCCCGGUGUGGGUUGGGUUGGUGCGUUACCUUCCGACUUGUACAGUGAAUAUUAUGGCGGCCACGGAUCCCCGGUCCUCGAGUGACGGCGGGCCGGCCAGCAGAGGAGGAUUCCCGGCAGGGGAGAGCAGCAACGACCGCGACGGGCCGGGCGGCAGCAGCAGCGGCGGCGGCGGCAGUAGCGGCGGCGGCAGCGGGGAGGGCGAACGGGAGCGGGACCGAGCCACCUUCGAGUGCAACAUUUGUUUGGACACUGCCAGAGACGCUGUCAUCAGUAUGUGCGGCCACUUGUUCUGCUGGCCCUGUCUUCAUCAAUGGUUGGAGACGCGGCCCAGCAGGCAGCAGUGUCCUGUGUGUAAAGCAGGCAUCAGCAGAGAGAAAGUCAUCCCACUGUAUGGCAGAGGGAGCUCCAGCCAAGAGGACCCCAGGUUGAAAACUCCACCUCGGCCUCAGGGACAGAGAACAGAGCCAGAGAGUCGAGGCGGGAUGUUCCAGGGUUUCGGCGACACCGGCUUUCACAUGUCGUUUGGAAUCGGUGCUUUCCCCUUCGGCUUCUUCACCACAGUCUUCAACACCAACGACCCCUUUCACAGAGCAGACCAGUAUGCAGGUGAUCACCAAGGCAACGGUAACCUCAACAACGGCAAUAACAACUGGCAAGACUCCCUCUUCCUGUUCGUGGCUAUCUUCUUCUUCUUCUGGCUGCUGAGCGUGUGACGGAGAGGACGACAGCACGGGAGAUAAACGGAUGGAUAGACGAGAGGGGAUCGAUGACCGAGAGGGAGGAGCGCAAAUUUUAAAAAAAACAAACAAACAAAAAAACAAAACAAAAAAACACCUCACACACACACUUAACUUGAGCCACAGACACACACUCAUGUUACAUUUCCAGGCAGGUACUAACUUGGGAGAGCGGAGCUGUUGCGUUUGAUCCCAAAACGAGAAAUACAGGAAUUCAGCAGAUUUACUUUAGGAUAGUUCGCCCCCACCCUCCUGCUUCCUUGUUUUUGUUUAUGCAAGAAACACUCACUGAAAAGAAGUGUUGUGCAACCCCCACCCACCCCAAAAAAAAGAGUCAUGUUAGCCCUCCCUCUCUACAUACACCUGUAGAUAUAUGCACACACAAAAUAAAAGGUGGACACUACAUUUUAAAAAAGGGGCUUUUUUUUAGGGGAUCAGACGAGACAGUAUUAUGUGAUCAGGGUGAGCUAUAUAUUUUUCAGCGUCUCAGUGUUGAGCGCUGCACUCUGAGAAGAGGAUAAUUCAGGGCAGUGACUAAUUCUGUUUUGGUUUUUCACAUCCUCCCUGAAGAAGUCACUGGUUUACUCCUUAUAUAGAGAGGUGGAGGCAUGUUGUGGAAAGUAAGAGGGAGGGAAAUGAGGUCAUUUUUCUCCUCUAAAAAAGGCCAAAGAGUAGCAGAUCAGUCAUGUACGCCGUCACACGUUUGAGGGAGGCGGGGGUGGGGGGAGGGUCCUGUUUACAGUUUCCUGGUGAAAUGAACAAAUACUCCUUGAUACGCGUCUUAAAAAAAAACAGAAGGACAGAUAGAAAUAGCACAGAUGGAUGCAUUUAAUAUACAUUUGUCUUAACAAAAAAAAACUGCCAUUGCACUGUGAAGUCAUUUGACCUGUCCUAUAAUGAUCCAGACUGGAGUGUGUGCUUGUGUUGAGUCACUUGUUUGCUUCUUCCCCCCCCCACCCGCCCCACCGCCUCCCUCCUCCACUGUCGUCUGUGAAACAAAAGCUGAACCUCACAGGAGAUAACGCGGGCGGGAUGCACCGUUAAAGGGCCAGUUUUGGGAGAUUUUUUUUUUUUUUGUAUCAAACACGAGCAACUUGAGAGAGUAAUUUGAUGUACAGUUUGUUAAUUACAGAGCAAAUUGUCAAGAGAGAAAAGCUCUGGCUUUUGGUAAAAGCAGCCAGACGAGAUGCGACACAGUACAAGGAGAGGUGACGCGGCGUGACGAGUCAGGAGAAUCCUCCCAGUUAGUCAUGGAGGUCAAAAGGUCAGCACACUAAAAAUCUACAGUUCAGUGAACUGUGCUACAGUGUGAUAUAAAAUAUAAAAUCACACACACACACUCUUUCUGUCACAGUUGAUUUUUUUUUUUUUUCUGACUGUAUAUGUCUGUGUGUCAGAGUGAGUGUGUAUACAGUAUAUAUUUGUAUAUAUGAAUAUUGUAAAUGCUGUUUUUACGUGUUUCUGAAUGGAUGACCAGCCAUAGAGAGCGAGAGAGAGGACGAGGCGGUGCGAGUAGGCCUCGAGAUGCUUUUGUAAAGCGAGCAAUGAUCUGGGUCCUGGUUUUCAUAAAUUGUGCUGAACUCUUUUUUUUUUUGUUUUACUUUAAAAAAAAAAAAAAAAAAGAAAGAAAAAAAAAAGGCUUGCAGCCCAAGUUCAUAACUCUUCUGCCAAUGUCUCCCAUAAAGUUAAAUAAAUGUCAAGAGAGCAUAAAAAAAAAAGUUUGUUCUUCCCUGCUAAUGUGAUUUGAUAUGAGAAUAUGUACGAUUCAGCUCAUGUAACACACACACGUGCAUGUUAAAAGAUCUCACAUCUGUUUUAUGGAGUUGAACUAAAACUAAACGCACCAUCUUAAUAUGUAAUAACUGUGUUGUCUUUGAGAUUCUCAACUGGAAAACUAAAUCUAGUGAAUCGGGUAUUUAGCACUUUAACAUUCACACCAGGCUCAGAGAUAACUCAAAGUCCUCUGUGGGUUGGACAGGAUGGCUGCUGGGGCUCAUCAUUUAUUGCAUACGUGUGUCUGUUCAAGCUACACUUUGUAUUAUGAGGCUUAUGUGACACUAAAACAGGUGAUGGAAGUCACUAUUACGAGUCUUCUGACAGACUAAAACCUGGAGACAUUGUGCAAAAACCAAAUGGUCUAGGAGAUUAAAACUUGAUUAAAGCA